CACCUCCAUCAUAUCAAAAGGUUACUCGCCCGACCACCGAUCAUGGAGGUUGAAACCGCAGCUCAGACACAGCCCCGCGAGCAGCAGCAACUGACUAGCGCCGCCGGCGCCGAUGUCGCCGCUAAACCGCUCCACCGCAACCCCCGCCUGGUCCUCAGCUUCAUCCUCAUGGUCGUCGGCUGGGCGUGCGCGCCACUCCUCCUCCGCGACUACUUCGUCCACGGCGGGAACCGAAAGUGGCUCUCUAGCCUGCUCCAGACCGCCGGAUGGCCGAUCCUGAUCCCGCCGCUCAUCGCCUCGUACUUCUCCCGCCGCCGGCGCUCCACCACCACCACGCCGGUCUUCCUUAUGUCGAUCCGGCUAGGGGCAGCGUGCGUCGUGCUCGGCAUCACGGUCGGCCUCGACAACUACCUCUACGCCUACGGCAUGGCCUCCCUGCCCGUGUCCACCUCCUCCAUCCUCAUGGCCACGCAGCUCGCCUUCACGGCGGGCUUCGCGCUGCUGCUCGUGCGCCAGCGGUUCACGGCCUUCUCCGUGAACGCCGUGCUGCUGCUCAGCAUCGGCGCUGCCAUGCUGGGGGUGAACGGCGGAGGGGACCGCCCCGCGGGGGUGACACGGACGGAGUACUACAUAGGAUUCGGUAUGACGCUCGGCGCUGCCGCGCUGUACGGGCUCAUACUGCCCAUCAUAGAGCUCAGCCAGGCGGCGCACCUGGCGCGGACCGGCAGCGCCGUCACGUACACGCUGUGCAUGGAGAUGCAGCUCUUCAUCGGGUCCUCGGCCACGGUCUUCAGCCUCAUCGGCAUGAUCGUCAACAACGACUUCCACGUCAUCCCACGCGAAGCCCAGGAGUUCGGGCUCGGCAAGACAAGCUACUACGCGCUGCUGGUUGGUUCCACCCUCAUGUACCAGUUGUUCUCCCUUGGUAUGAAUGGCGCAAUCAUCUACGGCUCGGCGCUGCUCGGCGGCGUCAUCAUGACCGUCCUCAUCCCGGUCACGGAGGUGCUCGCCGUCCUAUUCUUCCAUGAGCCGUUCACUGGCAUCAAAGGCAUUGCCGUCGCCCUUUCGGUCUGGGGCUUCGUCUCCUACUUCUAUGGCGAGAUCCGGACGCAUGCGGAGCAGUCUAAAAAGUCCUCAAAUAUAGAGGAAUUAGAUGGACCCGGCGAUUCUAGCGUACAUGCUGUCUAGCGUGCAAGUCUGCGCUGUCCAGUUUCAUGUUUUAAAAUUGGUGCAACAAGUUUUGUCAAGUUGCAUCUUGUUUAAUAUGUAUUGUGAUGUAUACUUCUUGUCCUUUUUUCACACUUGGGAAAUAAGUAUGCAAUGUAUAUGACUCUCCCAUCUUCA